AUGAAGUUACACAUCCUAGGACCAGCGUUUGGGCUGCCAUCGAUAGAUGCAGAAUGUAUCGCUGCCGUAGCGCUGAUCGAACGCUACACACAGGGAAGCAGUCAGGCAUGGGCUCUGGUCGCCAGCCAUGAAGCCGCGCCAGGCACUCGACUCCCUUUUCUCCAAGUCGGCGACGACACAUACUCUGGCUUUGACAGGAUAGCCCAGUACCUCAUCGAUACAUCUGCCAAGCAGACAUUGACCCUCAUACAGANNCUUUCGACCUUUAUCAAAUCCGAAGGCCAACUGCUGCUCGACAUCUCGCUGUACGUGUCUUUCGAAAACUACCGCAACCGCACUCGCUCCGCUUUCACAAAGAUCCUCCCGUGGUACGCCAACUUCGUCAUUCCUCCCCAGCGCCGCCAUGAAGCUAGACAACGCACUCAGCACUUGGGAGUAUCCAGUCUCGAUGUUGAUGAUAUACACGAGGACGUCAUUGACAAGCCGUCAAGCAUGCAGUCUGAGCAGCAGAAGAAGCCUUUCGAGCACGAAACGGAGAAGCACGCCAGGAGACUGCUGGGUCGCAGAGACACGGUCCGCACCUUGCUACAAAAGCCAGAGCACGCUGCUGCCUUCAAGCUGAACGCAUUGGCCGACAACUUCUUUGAGCCGCUGCAAGACCUCUUGAAGAACCAGUCCAACCUCCUGGGCACCGAUCAACCCGCCAUCGUCGACUGCCUGGCCUUUGGAUACUUGAGCUUGAUGUUCUACCCCAAGAUGCCUCAGAAUUGGCUUGCAUCUACCAUGCGCCUCAAGUACCAGAAACUUGUCGUCCACCUCGGCUCUCUGAGAGACACCUUCCGCGUUGAUGCUCACCCCAACGAAGCCUUGGAUGCUGUUUCGCAGUCAGAAAAGGGCGCCGCUGAGCUCCCUUGGGUCUCGCCGCAAACCUUCAGUCCUCUCGCUGUGGUCAGCUACAUUGGACAGAGCCUCUUCAGUCAGCUACCAUUACCGAAGAACAACUCUGGCCUGGAACAUCUGCCCAUCAGACGUCAACCUAGCUUUCUCCAGAGAUAUCUUCCCGCAGUACUUGGUCUGACUUCUACUUCGCUCACUUUGCUAGCAUUCUGGGCCUACAACAACCUCACAUGGCCGCACGGAGAAGCAGUCCACUUCUUUGGCCGAAGGAGGUUUGUCGACUAUGGUGCUGCUGGCGCAACCCUCUCUGCUCUGGGGAGUCUUGGUCUGCAAAUGCAACAACACCAACAACAAAGCCAGGCUCCUGUACAGGUUGAUGUUACUGUUGACGAGCAGGUCUCGCCGUAG